AUGCAUGCCCGCCGCUCAUUUCUGAUGUGUCGUCUCAUCGCCACCCCAUUCCCCCCCUCCAACCCCCCACUCCCCUCCCCAUGGCAGUUCAAUUUGGUGCUAGGCAAGGGAGCCUUCAAGACCGUAUACAAGGCGUUUGACGAGGUGGACGGAAUAGAGGUGGCGUGGAACCAGGUGAAGGUGCGGGACGUGUUCCAGUCCAGUGAGGAUCUCGAGCGACUCUAUAGCGAGGUGCAUCUGCUCAAGACCCUUCGCCAUAAGAACAUCAUCAAGUUCUUCAACUCCUGGGUGGAUACCAAAACCAAGAACGUCAAUUUCAUCACAGAGAUUUUCACCUCUGGCACACUUAGGCAGUACCGCAAGCGGCACAAGCAGUGCGACGUGCGGGCGGUGAAGAGCUGGGCGCGGCAGAUCCUGCGCGGGCUGCUGUACCUGCACUCGCACGACCCGCCCAUCAUCCACCGCGACCUCAAGUGCGACAACAUCUUUGUCAACGGCCACCAAGGGGAAGUCAAGAUCGGCGAUCUGGGGCUCGCGGCUAUUCUCCACCAAAGGGACGCGGCGCAUAGCGUGAUCGGCACGCCUGAGUUCAUGGCGCCGGAGCUGUACGAGGAGGAGUACAACGAGCUGGUGGACAUAUACGCGUUCGGCAUGUGCGUGCUGGAGAUGGUGACCCUGGAGUACCCCUACAGCGAGUGCACCAACGCCGCACAGGUCUACAAGAAGGUCACCUCCGGCAAGAAGCCUCUGGCGCUGCAGCGAGUGAAGGACAAAGCUCUACGCGAGUUCAUAGAGCUCUGUCUCGCCUCUGCCUCUCGCCGCCCAUCAGCCCGGGAGCUGCUCAACCACCCCUUCCUGCAGCAGCAGCAGGGGAAGGAGGUCGAGGGUCAGCAAGAGGAGGGGCAGCAAGGGGAGGGGCAGCAAGGGGAGGGGCAGCAAGGGGAGGGGCAGCAAGAGGAGGGGCAGCAAGAGGAGGGGAACGGGGAGGGUGUGUGCACGCAGCAGCAGCUCCUCGACCCUGCCUGUGUGUGCCUGCGCCUGAGAGUGGCGGAUGGCAAAGUCAAUCCAUUCACAUUGCUGUGGCGUCGCCUCUGUGGAAUCUGA